AUGAUUGCAGACGGUCACGGUCCCAGGGGUCCCUCAGCAGAAACACGGGACACAAGCCACGCCAGAAGCAACACUCAGGUUCUCACUCCUCACAGGUUGACAACAACUGCAGUGGCUGGACGGAAGAACCGUACCCCACGACUGCCAGAGCAAUUCUCUAGUAAAUGUAGCAAUGGUGAAGCAAACCGUAAGGUGACCUGCUUCUCGGCGCUGUUAAAUAAGAAGAUACUACCACGAUUUGCUCGGACAUCAAUUAAAAAACACAAGAGAUGCCAACGCAAUAAUGGUGCGUUGAUUUUUAAGACACUGUUGCUCACUCAGAUGGAAAAUUGUUGCGCACUAACAGCCCCACUCAAAGCUGCAGAAAUUGCUGACCUAGAAAACGUCCAGAGAUCUUUAAGUGUGAUAGCUGCGUACGUGCAGCUGGCCCGAGGUACCAAGUACUCCCAAUUCCCACGAUGGCUGGACAGGUGGCUCAAGGCCAGGAAACACCUGGGACUGCUCAUGCUGUUUAAUGCUGUCAUCCACGUUCUAGCUAUGUUAGCCAGAGGUGAACUGUACAGUGUCUCAGAUGGUUGGAGAGGCCCCACCUAUGUUGCCUGUGGUAUUGUGGCCUUCACGCUGGCCGGUGUGCUUGGACUGGCCUCCCUACCGUCUGUGGCAGCAUCCAUGACCUGGAGGGAAUUCUCCUUCCUCCAAAGCCGAGUGGGCUGGCUAACACUACUGCUCGCGACCUUCCACAUCAUCUUCAUGGUGUGGGACGGCCUGGUAACCCCACACUUCAUAUGCUUCUUCCCUACCAUUGGCCAGGUUGUGGUGGUGGUGCCUGUUCAUUCACUGUGCUAA